AGAUGGCGCACCAGAUGUGGACUUAACUGCGGGUUCAAUACCUUGAAAAUCGAAGAAAUGUUAAGCAGCGCCUCUUUAGAUUGCUUGUAUCCCCUCUAAAACAUUUUCCGGAAUGUCACUGCUGCCAGGUAAUCAUUUUGAACUAGAUGAUGACUGGGUCAGCGUAGACGAGUCGAAUGUCAACAAUGGAACUGCUCAACAGUCAUCAACCAUAACUUCCACAGAUCACAGAUCUGGAGUUAACCACAAAACAGCACAAUGUGUUGUGGGAAAUGUCAGUCAUACUCAGUGGAUGGAGUCUAACUUAAAUACACAAGUGACAAGCAAUCCUACUGUUUCACCUGCGAAGACGUACAUACUCUCGAAUAGUACCUGUUUGUCUCCAGCUUCAUCCACCUCCAGUCAGUCUUCGCCAUCUUUGAGUAAAGUUUGCGUGAUAAAUAACGUAAAGCCUUUGAGUGGACAAAUCAGGACGAUUGUGAACAAUCCAGCAAACUCUGUCACCCCCAGUACUGUAGAGGAUAAGUCUGCUAACCCAUUAGGCCCAAGGGUGGUGGUUGUCCGACGCAAUGCACCCCCUCCUAGUCAGACAAACACUUUCCAAAAGAAGGUGCUGUACAGAGUACAGGCCUCCCCCAACUCUGCUGCAAACUUGACAAACCUAGAUUUGUGUGCAGUAUGGAAUGGUAGUAUGUUUGUGGAGGCAAGUAAACAAGAUUUGGAGAUGACAGCUGCAAACAGAACAGAACCCAUAACAAUUAGAAAACUCCAGUCCAGUUCUCAAGAUCUCUCCCAGUUCCCAGGAGUUCUUUCUGCACUGAGAAAAAAACAGCCUAGUCUUUCCACAAAACCGUUAAAUGGUAAAACUGGUUCAAAUGAACCGAUGAAGAGUCAGCAGACCACAGACAGUUCAGUUGUCAGCAGCACUAAAGAGAUAUCCUCCCAGUCUGCCCCGGAGGCCCCAGGCUGUGCGGAGGAGACUCUGGCAGAGGAUGAGUUUAAAGUCUGUAAGAACUGUGGGGCGUUAACCAAAAGUGUCAACAAGUGUGAAUCCUGUCAAAAAAUAAUAACAGCUCAAGACAAGACUGUCAAAAGGGUAGGCCCCCCUCAGACAACCCUGAAAACAUCUUCACAGGCAAACAUACUGAGCAAAAAAACUUUUUAUGGUAAUAAGCUGUCUGAAAUGAGUCAGCCGUAUGGAUGGAGUUCCAGUGAGAGAAGCUGUGGAGGUGGGGUCCCCAGUAACACAAGAAGGUCAGAGGGCAAAGCUGCUAGAGGAAGGCCCGCAAAGAAACGGGUGAAGACAAAAUUAGAACCAGAAACAGUAACAAUAUCAUCCGAUGAAGAAGACAGUGGGGCUGUAGGUAGUGACCAGAACAACACAUAUGUUAUUAGUAACUGUAGUAUGAACACAAGCUUGUCAGAUGGUGCCAGUAUGCCCCAGUCUGACACAGGCACAGAUAGCAAACCUAAUGGCAAGGAGCAAAAUGAUGACCACAAUACCUCAGCAUGCGAAGAACCCAACCCUAGCUCAACUGCACCUCAGUCGACAUGUGCAAGCCCAGAAAAAUCUGUAGAGGACAAUGACUUUAGCAUAUUUGAAUAUCUGAAUCGUCAGAGUGAAACAAGACGCAAUAAGAUGGAAGAUGCGUCUGGCAACAUUCCUCUGAAGGUGAGGAAGGUUAAAGCCCCCAAAGUUGAUUAUAGUGAGAGUUUCCUGCUCAAGGAUCCCAGUGUGACGCUCAGUGUACGCUGUGUUCGCAUUGGCUGUCUCAAAAGUGCUCCUGUGGAACCAGUCUUCCUCUCCAAAGAUGGAUUCUAUAUGAAACUAGAAUGUCAUGAGAACUGCUGUGAGGUUCAGGUCAAGCCUUUAGAUAUCAACACUGUGGCACUACACCUGAUGAACCGGUUACCUGUGAUUUACCUUUACCUGACCCCACAGGCUGGUCACCGACUGAAAACAGAGCUUAAACCCUGCUCAGCCAAGACUGAUUUCUUUGAUCCAGCAUCCCCAGACUUCCCGAAGAAGUUCAUAACGUUGCUUUUGGAGCGUCAGACAGAUAAGAAUGACCACAAGACGCUUCUAGGGAUCCUGGAACACUUCCGUAGUCUAAAGCCACACCGUGACAACUUCAUACAGAUGCUGACCUGUGACCAGGCACAAAACGUGCUUGUUCAGACCAGCAUCCAGGACAGCAGUAAGAGACCCAAGAACACGGCAGCCACAGCUAAAAGCCAGGAGGCUCCCAAGGAAGAGGCAGGCCAGUGUGCUGCUGACCCCAAAGUCAUGUGCCCAGGAACAGUAGAGAAACUUUUCACAUACCGACCAGUGUCGGAGCGGGGUGGAAUUUCCAUCAGCACUGAGGACUUGUUUUGUCUGAGAGAAGGAGAGUUUCUCAAUGAUGUCAUCAUCGACUUCUACCUGAAGUAUUUGGUGAAUGAAGUGUUGAGUGAAGAAGACAGGAAUAGGACGUAUGUGUUCAGCUCAUUCUUCUACAAGAGACUGACACAACGACAGGGACGACUUUCUCCUGACGACAAGCAGCAGAUGGAUCUAAAGGAGAGGCGUCAUGACCGAGUGAAAACGUGGACUCGUCACGUGGAUUUGUUUUCUAAAGAUUUUAUUAUUGUUCCUAUAAAUGAACACUCACACUGGUUUCUGGCCAUCAUCUGUUUUCCUGGUCUGAUAUCUGUGAGGUCAAGAGCACAGAAGCAGCUGAACACCACCCCUACCUCCUCUCCGUCGGUUGACAAUACUCCUCACUCAGAGUCUAUGGAGACCAGUGAUGAUGGUAGUGAGAGCAACACUACAAAUCCAGUGGAUCAGUUCCCCUCUUCUCAUGCACAACCCUGUAUUUUGGUGUUUGAUUCACUGGCCGGCCCAGCAAGGACAACUGUGGUUAAAACACUCAGAGAAUACUUAAGUGUGGAAUGGAAUGCAAAGAAAAAAACCUCACGAACAUUUGAUAGGGACACUGUAAGAGGUGGUUAUCCAAAAGUACCUCAACAAAAUAAUUUCAGCGACUGUGGUGUUUUUGUCCUCCAGUUUGUGGAAAGUUUCUUCAAGAAACCUAUCACAGACUUCAGCAUUCCAGUCAAGGGUUUACAGGAGUGGUUUUCUGAGGAGGAGGUGUCGCGGAAGCGUGAACAGUUGAGGAGUCUGAUUUUAUCUUUACAUCAGAAGAGCAAAACACAGUCCUUACCGUCAUGACACAGGCCUUCUGAAGUGCUACAGGAGCAGACUUUGUUAUACUGUAGUACAAGGAUAACAGCAUUUGUGAUGGGGGGUGCAUUCCUGUUGAAAUGAGGCAUCUUUUACCAGCAUGACUCUGGCUUUCUGGAGUUUUACAACCAUAACACAGGCCCUGUGUCCUACAGGAACGGUUCUUCUGUAGCACAAGGACUAACAGUGUUUGCUAUGGGUGUUUAGUCCAGAGAAAAUAAAAGGUGUGUUUUGCUACCAUCACGAUGGAUGUACUGAGUCCCAAAGGAGCAGGAGAAAACAAAUCAGAGGUGUUGUUCAACAAUCACAACUACAGGAACAGUCCUUCUGUAGCACAAAGACUAACAGCAUUUGUGAUGGUUGUUCAGUCCAGGGGAAACAAUAGAUGUGUUAUUCUACCAUCAUGAUACAGGUUCUGAGUUCCAAAGGAGCAGGCCAUGAGAUAGGUUGUGAGCAAACAAGGUACGUGUGAAUUUAGUGGUGGUACAGAAAGACCGUUACACCAGCCUGACACAGGCUCUGAAGUCCUACAGGAGCCAUUCAUGUGAUUCUGCAGUGCAAGGAUUGACUGCAUUUGUGGUAACAGUGGUAAUAGAAGGGGCAUUAUUCUGUCAUCAUGAUACAGUCUGCUCCUGCAGACUGUGUGACAAACAUGUCAUAAGUACUAUAUGAACUUGCUCUUGAACUCAAAAGUAUGAGCGAUUGGAACAUCUUGCAAAAACUGAAUACAUGUGCUGUCAUAUAAGGGUGAAUCAUGUACUAGUCCAGUAUUUGGACAAACACUCUUUGUAUGUGUGGCUGGUGGCUGGGGUUGGAGGACAAGAGUGAGCAGCAGUCUUUAUUGAGAGUGAUCUUUCUAGAGGGCUUCAGAAGUUUGCUGUGUGAGACUCUUGGACAUUUAUGAUCAGUAUUUGUGAUAGGUGUAUACGUCACGUUGAAUGGGUGGGUUUAUAUUAUUUUGGUGGUGUGACACGGGCUGUAUUAGUGGAAGUCCUCAUUUAGGUUUAAGAUACUCUAUUGCUUUAACAAGAAGAAUUUGUGAACCAGAAAUGAGUUGUUUUAAAGUGCUUCAAGACUUAAAGCAAUUCAGAAUCAACUUUGAUGGGCUGACAGUGGAGACAGGAUUCCCUGGGUUUAAUCUUACAGCUUUUGUCAAGCUUGAAUAAAAUUUAACUUCCAAAAUUCAGCUUAGGUUUGGCUUACAUUCAUCUCUUAACACCACCUAAUCAGCAUAGAUUCUUUAUCCCUUUUAAUCAGCCAGAUUUAAUUCUUUAUACAAUAUUUUUUCUAUUAAAAAACUAAUGUGACCUCUCUCCAAACUAAAGUUUAUACCAGGCAUACAUGAAGCAUCUUGUACACGUUUAAACAACUUGGCCCUGCAUGUCUGUGGAAACAGAGCUGUGCAUCCAAAAAUUUUCUGUUUUUAGUGUAUUAUUCUGUCUAGACUGUUGAACAUUUUAUUUCUGUGUUAUGAAUUUCUGAGGUUUAUCAGAUCUGAGAAAUUAAUUUUGAGCGUUGAUAUUUACGUAGAACAAAAUCACCUUUGCCUGUAACUUUUUGUGUGCGUGUCUGUCAUUUCAGUUUCUUCUUUCAAAUUGAAACAGUGUUUCUCUGCUUAUAUUAUUAAACAAAUAUAAUUAGACUAAUAAGUACCCGAAUGAAGGAAAGAAGAAUCAUGGUAUACAGUUCCUGCAGCUCUUGGUCAAGUCUUCCCAUCUGGGGCCACUUUUACAAAUCUUUAAAGUCAUAUUUCUCCUUGACUUCUCAUAAGAAAAACAUUAUCCAGAGUAUAGGUAUAUAAAGAACAUUAUUUCUGAUAAAAGUUCCAAAGAAGUGAUGUACAGUUUAGUGAAAGUGGUUGCAGAACUAAAAGACAUGUACAAUACAGUAUUACAGUAUCAGGAUAAUUGUUAUGCUUUAAGCGAGUACAGUUAACAGUGUUUCGUUGUUAUGGUUAUUUCAACAGUGUUACACAAUAUCCCCCCCCCCCCCACCCCCCAUCUCAGCAGCUGCACAAUUUGUCAUUGUGUUCAAAUGGAUAAGAAUUCAUGCAUGCGCAUGUUAAUGUAAAGCAUUUGGGUAUGUCCGUCGCACACAAAGAUUAUGGACAGGUUAGCCCAUUGACUUCUCCACAUCCUGUACAAUAAAUCUUGCCCUGUGGAAAACCUGGUAACCAUCAUGAUUCAAAUGUAUGAUACUGGUAACUCUCACAAGUCUCACAAUCCCAGUCCAUAACGAAAUUG